AUGACUGCGCUGCUGCUAGGGACGGAAGCCGUGACCGAGGUUCGCCUACACCCUGUAGUCGUAUUACAGGCACUAGACCGUGCACUUCGUCGUGCUGAAGGCCAAACGCGUGUGAUUGGUACGCUUCUAGGUCGCGUAGAAGCCGGCGUGGCUGAGAUCAGUGGUUCGUUUGCAGUGCCGCAUUUAGAAAAUGGUGAUGAAGUCGCGGUAGGACGAGACUUUCACGCACAUAUGUACGAGCUUCAUCAGCGUGUGAAUGAGAAUGAGGUGGUUGUUGGUUGGUAUGCAGCCGGUCCUGGCCAAUUGGAUGAUCACUCGGCACUCAUCCAUCAGUUUUACAGCUCCGUAUGUGAGUUGCCUGUUCAUUUGGUGCUGGAUACGAACUUGCAAGGUGAUGCGCUUGAUGUGUCCGCCUACGUCUCAACUCCGCUUGAAGUCGUCGACACGGCGCUUGUCAACCAAUUCAAACAGAUUUUAGUGACCCAAAAGCUUUCAGAACCUGAGGCCAUCGCACUAAACUUGAUGGCGCCGAAGGACGGUCAGAUCAAGACGGCAGCUUUGCCCAAGGAGCUAGAGGCACUGGAGGAGACUAUGGAGCGACUGUACAAUUGCAUUAAUGAUGCCAGCACAUUUGUGGGUGACGUGGUUGCCGGUAAACAGACGGCAGAUGCCAAGCUUGGACGGGAGAUUGCAGACGCACUGGCGGCUAUCCCUAUGCUCCGUGAGGAGCAGUUUGACCAGCUCUUUAACACGGGUCUGCAGGACCUGCUCAUGGUGUCAUCUGCAGCUUGUCUUGGUAGUUUUCAUAUUAAGCGUGACGGAUGCGAACAGCAAUCCUUUGCGGUGGACAAGUUUGUGCUGCUUGCAGACCUUGGGAUUCAGAUCUUAAACGCAUCGCAUUCCUCAGGUCUGGCCAUCAGAGCUCGACGUCUCGACGAACUCACAGGUGCCAAAAGCUCCGUCGGGUUGUCGCGCUCGAGCUUUGCUAGUCUCGCGAUGUUGAAAGAUACAGCCAGUCAACCAGCAGGACAACAGCCGAGUCAGACAGUUCUCUGA